CCAGCACUCCCUCUCCACAGGAUCCUCUGCUUUUCUCCAUAAAGCUUGACACAGGUGUCACUCUAUGAUUGUAUGAGGUUGUAGCUAAUCAGCAUCAGCAUCAGGACUGGAAGAGUGUGUACAGUCAGACCAUGGACUUUAGCUUCAGAUGGCUGUCACCUCUUACCAGGGGAGCUCUCCAUCUCCUGCUGCUGGCCAGACUGGUGCUGCCAUCCUACACAGAGAGCAUGCCCAGCUUCAUCAAGUCCCCCGACGAUCAGACAGGGAUUUCAGGAGGUGUGGCAUCAUUCGUGUGCCAGGCAGUGGGUGAGCCCAAACCUCGCAUCACCUGGAUGAAGAAGGGGAAGAAAGUCAGCUCUCAGCGCUUUGAGGUGAUUGAGUUUGAUGAUGGCUCGGGAUCCGUGCUGCGUAUCCAGCCUCUCAGGACCCACCGUGAUGAAGCCAUCUAUGAAUGCACAGCCACCAACAGUGUGGGAGAGAUCAAUACCAGCGCCAAGCUCACUGUCUUAGAGGAGGACCAGAUCCCUCAUGGCUUCCCCACCAUAGACAUGGGGCCUCAGCUGAAGGUUGUGGAGAGAACUCGGACUGCUACGAUGCUGUGUGCAGCCAGCGGCAACCCUGACCCUGAGAUUUACUGGUUCAAAGACUUCCUGCCAGUGGACAUUGGCAGCAGCAACGGGCGCAUAAAACAGCUGCGUUCAGGUGGUACACCAAUCAGAGGAGCGCUUCAGAUUGAGAACAGUGAGGAGUCGGACCAGGGCAAGUACGAGUGUGUGGCAGUCAACAACGCUGGGACUCGCUACUCUGCUCCGGCUAACCUUUAUGUUCGAGAUCAACGGGAAGUGCGUCGUGUGCCUCCCCGUUUCUCAAUCCCCCCCACCAAUCACGAGGUGAUGCCUGGCGGCAGCGUCAACCUAACCUGCGUUGCGGUUGGUGCUCCAAUGCCUUAUGUCAAGUGGACAAGCCGUGAGGUGGAACUGACCCGGGAGGAGGAGAUGCCCAUUGGCCGCAAUGUCCUGGAGCUAACUAACAUCCGGCAGUCUGACAACUACACCUGUGUGGCCAUAUCCUCCCUGGGCAUGAUCGAGACCACGGCCCAGAUCACUGUCAAAGCCCUGCCCAAGUCUCCCGCUUCCCUCACUGUGACAGAAACCACGGCCACCAGUGUCACCCUUACAUGGGACUCUGGCAACCCAGAACCGGUGUCCUUCUAUGUUAUCCAGUACCAUGCCAAAGUGUCGGACAAUGGCUUUCAAGAAGUAGACGGAGUGGCCACAACCCGAUACAGCAUUGGCGGCCUCAGCCCCUUCUCAGAGUAUGAGUUUCGCGUCAUAGCUGUCAACAACGUUGGCCGGGGGCCUCCCAGCAGUUUUGUAGAGACCCGUACAAGUGAGCAAGCACCAUCAUCACCUCCUCUUCACAUCCAGGCGCGCAUGUUGAGCUCCAGCACUAUGCUGGUCCAGUGGGAACCUCCAGAGGAGCCCAACGGCCAAAUCCACGGCUACAGAGUCUACUACAGCCCAGAACAUGACGCCCCACUCAGUACCUGGCAGAAACACAACACAGAUGGCAGUCACUUCACCACCAUCACAGGCCUCACGCCAGAUAUCACCUACAGCCUGAGGGUGCUGGGCUUCACCUCUGUCGGUGAUGGGCCUCCAUCGGAUGUUCUGCAGAUCAAGAGUCAGCAGGGGGUUCCAGCUAAGCCAAUGGGUUUUGAGGCUGAGGCUGAACUGGACUCACGCAUCAUGCUGUCAUGGCUUUGGCCUGUCCAGGACCCUGUCACUGGCUUUGAACUGCUCUACUGGGAACACAGCAAUCCUACAGACAAGCAUCAUGUCACUUUCGACCCAGCAGGCUACUAUGCAGUCGAUGGUCUAAAGCCAGACACACCCUACAUGUUUUCCCUGGCAGCAAAGUCUGAGAUGGGUUUAGGGGUCUUUACUCAGCCUAUUGAGGCCAGGACUGCCCAAUCCAUGCCUGGAGCUCCUCCCAGGAAGGUGGAGGCAGACGCCCUCAACUCCACCACCCUCAGGGUGACCUGGAACCCCCCCCUGUCUCUGAAGCAGCAUGGCCAGAUCAUAGGCUACCAGUUGGUCUACUCCAGGCUGGAGAACGGGGAACCUCAUGGCCAACCCGUCAUCAUUGACGUUUCCUUCCCUCAAGCCCAGGAGGCCAUAGUAACAGGUCUGCUUCCAGAGACGACCUACUCUGUGACUGUUGCUGCAUAUACCACCAAAGGGGAUGGAGCUCGCAGCAAGGCCAAGGUGGUCACCACCACAGGAGCAGUGCCUGGCAAGCCCACUAUGAUGAUCAGCACCACCAUAGGGAACACUGCCCUGAUCCAGUGGCAGCCUCCUAAGGAGAUGGUGGGGGAACAUGUGGGCUACCGGCUGCAGUACAAGAGAGCAGAGGAGGAAGCUUUCACCACCAAAGCCUUCAGAAAGACAGAUGAUCAUUUCACGGUCACCGGCCUGCACAAGGGAGCCACCUACAUCUUCAAACUGUGUGCCAAAAACCGAGCCGGCAACGGUGAGGAAUAUGUGAAGGAGAUCAGCACCCCUGAGGACAUUCCAAGCAGCUACCCCCAGAAUCUGAGUGUGGUGGGCCUGACUGCCACCUCCACCAGGCUGGCCUGGGAGCCCCCUCCUCUGGCUGAGAGGAACGGGAAGAUUGUUAAGUAUGUGGUGGUGUAUCGGGAUAUCAAUAGCCAGCAGAACAACAGUAACAGUACCACAGAAAGACAGAUGACCGUCCAAGGUUUGCAGCCAGACACAACCUACGACAUCCGAGUCCAAGCUUUCACCAGCAAGGGAGGAGGACCCAUCAGCCCCAGCAUUCAGAGCCGCACCAUGUCCACCUCCAUGCCUGUGUUCACCAAGGAUUUUGGUGUGAAGGCUGUGAUGAAAACCUCUGUGCUGCUGACCUGGGGAGUACUGGAUACCUACAAAUCUCAAGUGCCUCUCAAGAUCCUCUACAACCAGCAGAGUGUGGAGGUUCAAGGCAACCUGAAGAGGAAGCUGAUCACACAGCUGCAGCCAGAUACAGAUUAUUCCUUUGUGCUGAUGAGCAGGGGAAACGGUGCCGGCGGCCUCCAGCAGCAGGUUUCCAUUCGAACAGCUCCAGACCUGCUAAAGAUGAAACCAGCACAAUACCAACAUGAUGUAGAGGAUGGUGGAAAAGUGACCAUCAGUCUGUCCAAGGUCCCUGCUGGAGCUCCCGUCAGGUGGUACUACAUAGUGGUUGUCCCCGAGACCCCGGUUUCUCUGAGAAGAUGGGAGAACCCUGAAGAAAUAGACAUACAUGAGCUCUUGGAGGCCAGUGCUAACAGCAGUCUGCAGAGAAAGAACCAGGACUUCCUGCAACCCUACAUCACUGCCAAGCUGGACGCUUUGCCUGAGAUCUUCACUAUGGGUGAUGAGAAGAAAUACAACGGCUUCUACAACAAACCUCUGCUUGGCCAGCAGCCGUACCGCUGCUUUGUUCUGGCUGAAUUGACGGGCCACGAGUCUCAAAUGACUUUUGCAGCCAGCCCGUUCUCUGAUUCUAUCAUGGUGAAGCUCCACAGUGGGAUGACACGACAAGCUGAGGACCCAGAGAUGCUGUGGGUGAUGGGUCCAGUUCUGGCAGUUAUCCUCAUCAUCAUCAUAGUCAUUGCCAUUCUACUCUUUAAGAGCAACCAAGAAAGGAAACGAACCUGUCCAGCCAAGGAUGAGCACAUGGUGGGGGUCAAGGACUCAUUGCUGGCCCACUCCUCAGACCCUGUGGAAAUGAGGAGACUCACCUAUCAGUCACAAGGCAUGGAUACAUGCAGCUCUUUUUUCUUUUCUAGAAUGAGGGAUCAUCCUCCCAUUGUCAUCAGUGACCUGGCAGACUACAUCGAGAGACUAAAGGCCAAUGACGGUCUGCGCUUCUCACAGGAGUAUGAGUCUAUUGAUCCAGGACAGCAGUUCACCUGGGAGCACUCCAACCUGGAGGUCAACAAGUCAAAGAACCGCUAUGCAAAUGUUAUUGCCUACGACCACUCCAGGGUCAUCCUAACACCUGUGGAUGGAGUUCCAGGUAGCGACUACAUCAAUGCCAAUUACAUUGAUGGCUACAGGAAGCAGAAUGCCUACAUUGCUACACAGGGGCCGCUGGCGGAGACACUGAGUGACUUCUGGAGGAUGGUGUGGGAGCAAAGGACCAGCACCAUCAUCAUGAUGACACGCCUAGAGGAGAAGUCUCGGGUGAAGUGUGACCAGUAUUGGCCCAGUCGAGGCACAGAGACAUAUGGGAUGAUCCAGGUGACCAUGCUGGACACUGUGGAGCUGGCCACAUACAGCGUACGCACCUUCGCCCUCUAUAAGAAUGGCUCAAGUGAGAAGAGAGAGGUUCGACAAUUCCAGUUUAUGGCCUGGCCUGACCAUGGAGUGCCUGAGUAUCCCACCCCAACACUCGCCUUCUUGUGCAGAGUCAAGGCCUGUAAUCCUCCAGAGGCUGGACCCAUGGUGGUCCACUGUAGUGCUGGUGUGGGCCGUACAGGCUGCUUCAUCGUGAUCGAUGCCAUGCUGGAGAGGAUGAAACAUGAGAAGUCUGUGGACAUUUAUGGUCAUGUGACAUGUAUGCGAGCUCAGAGGAACUACAUGGUGCAGACAGAGGAUCAGUAUAUAUUCAUCCAUGAAGCCCUGCUGGAAGCUGCAACAUGUGGAAACACAGAAGUCCCUGCCAGGAACCUGUACACCCACAUCCAGAAGCUCACCCAGAUCCCUGCUGGAGAGACGGCCACCACCAUGGAACUGGAGUUUAAGAAACUGUCCAACUCUAAACCACAUACCUCAAGAUUCAUCAGUGCCAACCUGCCGUGUAACAAAUUCAAGAACCGCCUGGUAAACAUCAUGCCUUUUGAGUCCACCCGGGUCUGCCUGCAGCCAAUCAGAGGGGUGGAGGGCUCCGACUACAUCAACGCCAGCUUCAUUGACGGAUACAGGCAGCAGAAAGCAUACAUGGCCACCCAGGGCCCGUUAGCCGAGACCACAGAGGACUUCUGGAGGAUGCUGUGGGAACACAACUCCACCAUUGUAGUCAUGCUCACCAAACUCCGCGAGAUGGGACGGGAAAAGUGCCAUCAGUACUGGCCUGCUGAGCGCUCUGCACGCUACCAGUACUUUGUAGUGGACCCCAUGGCUGAGUACAACAUGCCUCAGUACAUCCUGAGAGAGUUCAAAGUCACAGACGCCAGGGAUGGUCAAUCGAGGACCAUCAGGCAGUUUCAGUUCACUGACUGGCCGGAGCAAGGAGUGCCAAAAACCGGGGAGGGAUUCAUUGACUUUAUUGGACAAGUCCAUAAAACUAAAGAGCAAUUUGGACAAGAUGGGCCAAUUACUGUGCACUGCAGUGCUGGUGUUGGACGGACGGGGGUGUUCAUCACUCUGAGUAUCAUCCUGGAGAGGAUGAGGUACGAGGGAGUGGUCGACCUCUUCCAGACCACCAAGACGCUUCGAACUCAGAGGCCAGCCAUGGUGCAGACAGAGGACCAGUACCAACUGUGCUAUCGGGCUGCUUUGGAGUACCUGGGAAGCUUUGAUCACUAUGCAACAUAACCUCAGACAGACAGACACUCUCAGAAGAGCUUGGUCUCCUCUGAGCCAGAUCUACCCAGCUCCGUCAGUCUCUGAGGCCUCGUGAGGAGGCUCUGAGGAGAACUGAUGAGGAGGCGGCCACAACAGGAAACAGAGGAGAUAAGAGGUCAGGUGAGAGGGAAAGGAGGACCUCUUCCUGCACUGGUGCAAUGAUGUUGCCACAGACUCGACACCAAAACCACCCCAAAAUCCUGAGAGACUUGUAGCCAUUCCUCAUUCCCAUUCCUGGCUGAACAUUUUCCAUUUCCCAAUUUCCAAUUUACGCCCCCCACCCCCCUUCU